GAAGCCAGGGGAACUGGUGCUUACUUCUAAGUUGCCUGGUGGAAGAAAAGUGGAUCUGCAGUGACUGAAAGGAGAGGGAGAAGCCCCUCUCCCCGCCUCUCUUCUGGGGCACCAUGGGCAACAUUUGUCUGAGGUUCCUGGCGUACUUGAAGCCCUGUCUCCCGUGCCUGUUCCAGGAGGCCGACAAGCCAGUGGUGAUGGAGGCCGACAAGCCGGUGGUGAUUGAGAACCCGGUGGCCCACUGCUUUCCCGAUGCUUGGAGGUCACAGAGCCAGGAGCUCCAGAGAAGCUGUGGUCACUACUUUGUGGCUCUGUUUGAUUACCAGGCUCGGACCUCAGAGGACCUGAGCUUCCACGCCGGCGACAAGCUCCAAGUCCUGGACACUUCCCAGAAGGGCUGGUGGUUCGCCAGGCACUUGGAGAAAAGAGGAGGUAGCUCUGGGCAACUGCUGCAGGGCUAUAUUCCCUCUAACUAUGUGGCGGAGGACAGGAGCCUGCAGGCAGAGCCGUGGUUCUUUGGAGCAAUCAAGAGAACAGAUGCAGAAAAACAACUAUUAUAUUCAGAAAACCAGACUGGUGCCUUUCUAAUCAGAGAAAGUGAAAGCCAGGCAGGAGAUUUCGCCCUUUCAGUUUUAGAUGAAGGGAUUGUGAAACACUACAGGAUCAAAAGACUGGAUGAAGGGGCGUUUUUCCUUACCCCGAGAAGAACCUUUUCAACACUGAAUGAAUUUGUGAGCCAUUACACCAAGACGAGCGAUGGCCUGUGUGUCCAGCUGGGAAAACCCUGCUUAAAGGUACAAGUUCCAGUGCCUUUUGAUUUGUCGUAUAAGACCGUGGACCAGUGGGAGAUAGACCGCAAGUCCAUACAGCUUCUGAAGCGAUUAGGAUCUGGCCAGUUUGGUGAAGUGUGGGAAGGCCUAUGGAACAAUACCACUCCGGUGGCAGUAAAAACAUUAAAACCAGGUUCAAUGGAUCCGAAUGACUUCCUGAGGGAGGCACAGAUAAUGAAGAACCUAAGACAUCCAAAGCUUAUCCAGCUUUAUGCUGUUUGCACUUUAGAAGAUCCAAUUUAUAUUAUUACAGAGUUGAUGAGACAUGGAAGUCUGCAAGAAUAUCUCCAAAAUGAUGCUGGAACAAAAGUCCACCUGCCCCAGCAGGUAGACAUGGCAGCACAGGUUGCCUCUGGAAUGACUUAUCUGGAGUCCCAGAACUACAUUCACAGAGAUCUGGCAGCCAGAAAUGUCCUUGUUGGUGAACAUAAUAUCUACAAAGUUGCAGAUUUUGGACUUGCAAGGGUUUUUAAGGUAGAUAAUGAAGACAUCUAUGAGCCCAAACACGAUGUAAAGCUACCAGUGAAGUGGACUGCGCCUGAAGCCAUUCGUACUAAUAAAUUCAGCAUUAAGUCCGAUGUGUGGUCAUUUGGAAUCCUUCUUUAUGAAAUCAUUACUUAUGGCAAAAUACCUUAUAGUGGCAUGACAGGUGCUCAUGUAGUCCAGUUGUUGGGUCAAAACUACAGACUCCCUCAACCACCUGACUGUCCACUGGAAUUCUACAACAUCAUGUUGGAAUGCUGGAAUGCAGAGCCUAAAGAACGACCAACAUUUGAGACACUUCAUUGGAAACUUGAAGACUAUUAUGAAAGAGAAUUUUCCUCUUCAGAGACAAAUAACUUCAUAGGAUGAACACCAAAAAAGAACAUUAAAUAAUGAAGUAGCAAAAAAGUUCAAUAAUCAGCCCAGAAAUAAACCUUAUUAAUCAACUGUGAAAAGAGCUUACCUUGACAUAUUCAAGUGAUAGGGUCAACUUGGCCAUGUAUUAUGAAAAAGAUUAUAUGUGCAUUUUAUCGCCUGGAUCACACUGCUGGACAGUCUAAAAUGAUAUUUUAUCACUGCCUGGCAAAAUCAAACACACUAAAUCCAGUUAUUUUUCUUUUUUUCCCUUUUUUAUUUUUCUUUUUAAAAAAUACAUUUCUAUUUAUUGUUUGAAUCACUGAUCAAGAGGAUCAACAGAUGAUAGUCAAUUUUUACUCAGUGACUGUUGUAGCACUUCCCUGUUUACUGAUUAAAGUGGUUAUUCAUUAUUCCUUGGAUUGCUGAAUCCCAUCAGGCUGUUAUUAUAAAGGAAUCUGAUUGCUUUGCUGCACAGCAGGACCUGUGCUUUGAGAUUUUUUUUUCUCUUUUAAAAUAUCCUGUAACUACAAUGAUGGGAAAGCCAUGUUAAGUGACUUGAUUGUACUUGGGGUAAUUGCACAUAUUUUUUCCCUAUGCAUAAAAUAAUGAAGCAGAUGUUGAGAAAAAGAAUUAAAAUUUCUCCCAUUUUGUGAAAG